GCAGGGCGGAGGAGGGACUGCAAAGAAGCAGCAGCUGCAAGGUCUUCGGGGGUGGUCUCCUUAGAAAAGCCUCUCUUCACAGCCAAGUGAACAAAGGCAUCUUUCCACCAAUGGAGGUGACUCAAGAGAAGGGGCAGGAGAUGGAAGAGCAGGACCCAGAAGGAGCUGGGACUGGCAAGAGAGCAAGCAAAGGCCUCCUUCCUCUUCAAAGUGGGAGUGGGGUUGAAUUCCGGGAAAGGGCUGGGCCGGAGACCCUGGCUGAGGGCACCAUGACCUCAGAUGUGCAUUGCCAGCGCUUCCGGCAGUUCCGCUACGAUGAGGCCGAUGGGCCCCGAGAGGUUUGCAGCCAGCUCCAUGGACUUUGCACCCAGUGGCUGGAGCCGGAGAGGCACACCAAGAAGCAGAUCGUGGACCUGGUGAUCCUGGAGCAGUUCCUGACUCUCCUGCCCCAGGAAAUGCAGGGCUGGGUCAGAGGAUGUGGGCCGGAGACCAGUUCCCAGGCGGUGGCCCUGGCCGAAAGUUUCCUCCUGAGCCAGGCAGAGGAGAAGAGGCAGGCAGAACAGAUGUGGGCCCCACCCGUGAAGAAAGAGCCUCCAUUCCCUGAGGCGGAAGGAGCUUCCUUGGAGCAAGGGCAGAGAGCGCAGAACCCGGAGCAUGUCCAAGAUGCCCUUUCUUGUGGCACUGGAGAGAUGCUGUUGAGCCAUUGCCUUUUCAGAGGUGUGGAAACGCCUGCUGUACCUCCAGUUCAGGGCCCCUUUUCCUUGGAGGAGGUGUCCGUCUCUUUCUCUGAGGCUGAGUGGGCCCUGCUGGAUCCGGGACAAAGAGCGCUCUACCAGGAGAAUUAUGGGAAUGUGGCCUCUCUGGAGAAUGAUCAGGGGAAUGAGGAGGGUGAGGAACUUCAUCCACAAUUGCCAGAUAAAGUUAUUAAUGAAGACUUGAAAGGAAAUGUAUGGAAUGAAGGCAGACCCAAGAGAAAGAAAGACAGCUGUUUGGUUGAGAAGAGAAAUGGAAGAAAGCUUAACGUACAUUUCCCCAAGCACAAUAUAAAGGAGAUGAGUGAAUACAUUCAGUGCGGAAAAGACUUCAGAUAUAAACCACAGCUUCUUGUGAACCAAAGAAUACAAAGAGGAAAGGAAUAUAUUGAGUACUUAGAUUGUGGAAAGAGAUUCAGUCUGAGUGGCCAUCUGCAACAGCAUCAGAGAAACCACAAAGGGGAGAAACCUUUUAAAUGCUUAGAGUGUUGGAAGGCAUUCAGUCACAGUUACAGUCUUCAGCUGCAUCAAAGAACCCACACAGGGGAGAAACCUUUUAAGUGCUCAGAGUGUGGAAAGAAAUUCAGUCAGAAUGGAAGUCUUCAACGGCAUAAAAAAACCCACACGGGGGAGAAACCUUUUGAAUGCUCAGAGUGUGGAAAGAAAUUCAAUGCAAUGAGGAAUUUUCAACAGCAUAGGAGAACCCAUGGAGGAGAGACACCAUUUGAAUGCUCAGAAUGUGGCAAGAAAUUCAGUCAGAAUGGUACUCUUCGACAGCAUCAGAGAAGCCAUACAGGAGAGAAAACAUUUGAAUGUUCAGAGUGUGGAAAGAGAUUCAGUCGGAAUGACUGUCUGCAACAGCAUCAAAGAACCCACACAGGGGAGAAACCUUUUGAAUGUUCAGAGUGUGGAAAGAGAUUCAGUCAGAGUGGAACUCUACAACAGCAUCAGAGAACCCACACAGGAGAGAAACCAUUUGAAUGUUCAGAGUGUGGAAAGCGAUUCAGUCACAGUGGAACUCUUCAUCAGCAUCAGAGGACACACACAGGGGAGAAACCUUUUGAAUGCUCAGAGUGCGGAAAGAGAUUCAGUCAGAGUGGCCAUUUUCAACAGCAUCAGAGGACCCACAUAGAGGAGAAACCUUUUGAGUGCUCAGAGUGUGGAAAGAGAUUCAGUUGGAGUAGUGAUCUUCAGCAGCACCUGAGAACCCACAGAGAGGAGCAACGUUUUGAAUGCUCAGAGUGUGGAAAGACAUUUAGUAGGAGUGGCGAUCUUCAACAACAUUAUAGAACCCACACAGGGGAGAAACCUUUUGAAUGCUUAGAGUGUGGAAAGAGUUUCAGUUGGAGUAAUGAUCUUCAGAAGCACCAGAGAAUCCACACAGGGGAGAAACCAUUUGAAUGCUCAGGUUGUGGAAAGAGAUUCAGUCAGAGUGGCAAUCUUCAAGCACAUCAAAGAACCCACACAGGGGAGAAACCUUUUGAAUGCUCAGAGUGUGGAAAGAGAUUCAGUCGGAGGGGAACUCUUCAAAAGCACCAGAGAACCCACAAAGGGAGAGAAACCCUUUGAGUCCUUAAAGUGUGGAAAGAGAUUAAGUUGGAGUAGGACUUUUUGACAAUAUCUACAAAAUGACAAGGAACCAUGUAAUCCCUUCCUCUGGGAAAAGAGUACUUCUCUUACUUCACAAGUAAAAGACAACCACAGACCACAUAAAGUGGCAAAACUAUAUAAACUCUUGUAAAAAUAUAUCUGCAUGGAAAUCUUAUCCUAACCAAGAAGAAAUGCUGCAAAUGAUCAGACUACAGAAGGAGUUUUAGCCGUGUCUGAAACCCUCAGAGGGAAGAAAGCAAAGAUGGGAUCUGCCAACUGAAGUAGAUCCAAGAUCGGCUCCUGUCUCCUUUAGCAGGGUGGAUUUCACACAAGGGAGUGUUAGACAUUAAAAAGGCUGAAAUUUGUUUUGGCUUUGUUGUGAGAUCUUACUCUAGGCCUUUCUACCUAAAGCGGUAGAAAAAUUUCUCUCUGUCUCUGUGCUGAGACAAGAACACAGUGGAAAGAAUUGCUGUUGCACGGUGACCCUCCAUGUUGGCAGAAUUAACAGCUGGAUGCAGCUGGGCCAGAUGUGGUCCCAUUCAGUCCUGAUCACUGGACUAAAAGACUUUCUCUAGGAUCCAGAAACUCUUGGCAAGACUUUGAAAUAUAAACUUAGGGAUUAGUAAUGAAUGAUCACAGCAUUUUCUGUGAUAAUCACUGCCAGAUAUGUGAAAAACAAGAACUGUUGCCAGAAUCUUUUGGUGUGAUUCAUUGAGGACUGAAGUCUGGGAAUAUAUAGAUAUAAUUAAAAGAUUUUUAUUUUAUAUUUUA